AUGACUGCCGUAAUCUUCUUCGCAAAACACAUCGUCGUUGUCGUCACUAGUUUCGUCGUCGUCGCUGGCCUCGUCAACGCUAGUCUCGGCAUCCGAAAAGUCAUUCGAGAUGUCGCUAGCUUCGCUCUCGUCGUUGCUGCCUUUGUCUUCGCCCGCGCCAUCGGCCUCGUUGCCGCCGCCACCGAGAACGGGGCCGACAAUGGGAAGCCCGCCGACAAGCCCACCGCCAAGCUCGCCACCUCCGCCGCCCAAGCCGCCGAUCAGAAGUUCUUUGCGCUUAGCAACGACGGAAUCAAUUUCGCCAUCAUGACCACCGCCGCGUCUAUCUCGACUAAAGGGCUCCGUGUCUGGUGCAAUGGCGGUACCACAGAUAAGCACGAGUAA